ACCAAUCUAUACUUUCAAAAAAUUUAUUGUAUAUAUAAUUCGUGAAAUGUCAGCCUAUGCUAGUUACAUUGUGGAUGGACGGCGGUUUUGGAAGCGUCUCGCUUGGUUGAGGUUAUGCUAUGAUAUACAUGAAUUGCAAGAUCGCAGACUUAUAAAUGUUUAACGUAGCUGUCAAAUAGGCACAUUUUUGCCGUCUCAUUGAGCUAUUUUUGUAAGGAAGUCAUAAAGAUUAGAAACCCAACGAAAUGUCUGGUGGUAUGCUUUACGGUGGAGACGAGAUAGGAGCAUUAGUCUUUGACUUGGGUCAUCAUUCUCUGAGAGUAGGCUAUGCUCAGGAAGAUACUCCAAAAGCGGAAAUUCCAGCCGUUGUAGGCUUAGGAGAGGAUGCCAAUGGUAUGACUACCAAGGUUGAACCCAUGGACAUUGAUGAUAAAAAGCCUGAUAGCAAUAUAACGCAAAAUGGGACCAAGUAUUACAUCGAUACCACAAUUCUUCAUGUACCACGGAAAAAUAUGGAGGUUGUGAGUUAUAUGAAAGAUGGUAUGAUUGAAGACUGGGAUCAUUUCGAGAAGGUAUUAGAUUACACAUACUCAAAAAUAAUUCAAUCCGAUGCUGAGUAUCAUCCUGUGCUAUUUUCCGAAUCCCCAUGGAAUGUACGCAGCAAGAGAGAAAAGUUAACCGAGCUGAUGUUCGAGAAAUAUAAUGUACCAGCUUACUUUCUUGUAAAGAAUGCAGUUUUGGCUGCGUUUGCCAAUGGUAGAGCGACUGGUAUUGUUGUGGACAGUGGUGCCACACAUACAUCCGCAGUGCCUGUACAAGAUGGAUUUGUAUUGACGCAAGCCAUUGGUAAAUCACCUCUUGGUGGAGACUACAUAAGUAUGCAAUGUAGACAAUUCUUACAGGACAACGAUAUCGAUUUGUCACCUCCUUAUAUGGUAGGCAGUAAAGAGGUAGUUAAAGACCAUGAUAAGCCACGAUGGGUUAAAAAAAAGUUACCCGAGGUUACUAAAUCCUGGCAUAAUUACAUGGUAAAAAAAGUGAUUCAGGAUUUCCAGGCCACAGUUCUUCAAGUAUCGGAAACGCCAUAUGACGAGAAGAUCGUUUCCACGAUUCCUGCAGUUCAGUAUGAAUUCCCGACUGGCUAUCAUCAAGACUUUGGAAGUGAGAGAUUUCGAAUACCAGAAGCGUUAUUUGAUCCUAGUAUAGUACAAAUGCGUGGAGGUAUGGUUGGCAAUACAAUGUUGGGAGUAGGACAUAUUGUUACGACUAGCGUUGGCAUGUGCGAUGUUGAUGUACGACCAGCGCUUUAUGGAAGUGUUGUAGUAACUGGUGGAAAUUCAUUUAUUCAAGGUUUUCCAGAACGCUUGAAUAGAGAUUUGUCCAUGAGAAUACCUUCCAGUAUGCGUCUUAAAUUGAUUAGCGCGAACGGAUGCGCGGAAAGAAGAUUUGGAGCAUGGAUUGGUGGUUCAAUAUUGGCAUCAAUUGGCACUUUCCAACAAAUGUGGAUCUCCAGUCAAGAGUAUGAAGAAAGUGGGAAGAGUCAAGUGGAAAGAAAAUGUCCUUAAAACACGUUAGUUGCUCAUAUGUUUCCAUCCUAUUGGUGCCAGUGUUGUAUGAACAUUGUAUAGGGAGUGAGUACGUUUGGAGCAUAACACUCUAUAUUUUGCGAUACUAUGUAUCAUUAAACAAAUUAUGAUUAUGCGUAAAGCACGUGAGACAAUGAAGCACCUUAAAUAAAAUGUCUUUUUAUAAUGUUAUGAAUACGUAUUCAUGAUGUUAUUGAAUCAAACAUCUACUUAUACAUAUAUAUAGAUAAACAUAUACUACCUGUAAAUGACAUUAUACAUUGCUCCAAGUAAAUGACAUAAGAAAAUUGAUCCUUAUUUAUUACCAAUAUAAACGACGAAAUUUUGUAAAUUGUAAUAAAAUUUUUUAUAAAACAUGUAGCGAAUCGUGUCAUGAAAAUAAAUUUGUUUCUUCGAUUUCAUCUUUGUCACGAUGUCUUGUCUUCGAUUUGAUCUAGUUUCACUGCCGAUAAUGUUAUAUGCGUCACGUUGAAGUUGUAGAUACACAACUCCACUCAAAUGUCACUGCGUGAGAGUGGAAACAAAACGCUUGGUUCUGGAAACUAUAAUUACUCUUUGCAGCACAUGCAUGUAUUUUAUAUGGAAAUAAUAAAUAAGUAUACGAUAUGAAA